AUGUCUCAAAUAAAAUUAACAAGUCCUUUAACUUCCAAAAUAGCUUUCAAAUCAAUAUUUACUAAUAGGCGAAAACCAAGUAUAGAAAAAAAAGAUACCAAUAAUACAGAGAAAGUCGAUCGGUUAGAAACUUUUAUUAACGAAAAUAAAAUCAAUUGCUAUGCAUAUUCGGACUUUAAAUCUGUUCAACAGAUCAACAGAGAAACUUCCUUCAUAAAACGCGCUAUUUUAAAUGAUGAAUUUUUCGUUUUGAAAUCCUUUAAUAAUGAUGAUGAAACUAUUCGCCAAAUCGUUUGUGAGUUAGAAUCGCUACGUACUAUUAUUCAUGAAAAUAUUCUAAAAUUCCACGGAAUAAUAAGGAUAGAAGACGGCUUACCCAAUAUGUAUAAACAUAUUUUGGUUUUGGAGUAUGCUAAUAAUGGUUCAUUAAGUGCUUAUUUAAGAGAACAAAUUAAUAAACUUGAUUGGAAAAAUAAACUUAGCUUAGCUUUACAAUUAGCGAAAGCGGUUUCAUAUUUACAUGACAAUGAUAUUAUUCAUCGUGAUCUGCAAGCCAAUGAAAUACUUAUACAUCAGAAAAGUAUUAAACUUGCAGCUUUUGGUUUGCCAUCAGUAGUAACUAAAGAUACACUAUCUUUAUUUGAUACUAUACCUUAUAUGGAUCCUAUAAAUUUCGAUUGUAUAGAAAAUUGUGAAUUAGAUAAACGUUCUAAUGUGUACAGUAUUGGCGUACUUUUAUGGCAAAUUACAAGCGGUCGUAAACCAUUUUAUACUGAGAGGCCUGAUGUGGAAUUAGCAAAAGCUAUAUUUCGUGGAAGGAGAGAAGAAACCGUUAUGGGAACUCCAAUGGAAUAUAGUAGAUUAUAUAAAGAAUGCUGGAAUCAUGAACCAAAUAAACGACCAGACAUGAAACGAAUUGUUUCAAAUCUUAAUCAGUUAUUAUUAGCUGAAAACUCAUCACCUACUAAUUCUCAAAAAGAAAAGAAAGACGAUGCAACUAAAUGGGUUGAAAAUGUCUUGAAAAAUAAAAAAGUUGAUUUCAUACCUUUAAAUGAUUUGAAAGAUCCAGAGCCACUUGGUAAAGGGGGUUUUGGAUAUAUUAAGAAAGCAAUAUGGACCAGAACUGGAAAAUAUGUUGUCUAUAAAAGAUUAAUUAAUACAGAUGCUGUCAAAUACAAUACGUUGGAUGCAUUUAUUCAUGAAUUGAAAAUACAUUUACAUCUAUCUAUUUAUAGCGAUAGAAUUGUACGUUGCUUAGGCAUUAGCCAAGAUGAUAUAACACAAGAGUAUUUGCUUGUUACACAAUUUGCUGAUGGUGGAGACCUUCGAAAUUAUCUCAAGAAAAAUUCUAAGAAUUUAACUUGGGAGGACAAGAAAAGAUUAGCAUAUCAAAUUGCAGAUGGGCUAAAUUAUCUGCACAAUGAACAAGUUUUACAUAAAGAUUUACAUUCCAAAAAUAUAGUUAUCCAUGAAAAUAAUGCUAAAAUUAUUGAUUUUGGUAUUUCAAAAAUUCAAGAUCGAACAUCUGCAAGUUAUACACGUGGCCGUGGUAUUAUUGCCUACGUAGAUCCUAAACGUCUUUUGGAUCCAAAUUCUUCAUAUACUACAGCUUCAGAUAUUUAUAGUUUAGGUGUAUUAAUGUGGGAAAUUUCCAGUGGGUAUCCUCCCUUUAAAAAUAGUAGUUUUAGCGAAGGUGAUCAAGCUGCAUUGAGUGCUUCUAUUUGUAAUGGGAAUCGGGAAAAAACAAUUCCUGGUACUCCUGAGAAAUAUGGAGAACUUUAUAGAAGUUGUUGGAAUCAUGAACCUAAUGAAAGGCCAACUAUGAAUAAAAUACUCGAUGAAUUUGUAAAAUGGGGGUUUGGAGUUAAUUCUGGCAAAAAAAAUAAAUUUAUACAAGAAUCUACGGAUGAUGACGAUGACGACGAUGAUAACGAUUUAGUCGUUAAGACUUAA